AUGGGGAGAACUGUGGUGAAAAUCACACUCAUAGGACUCCUUUUUGCUUUGGCUUCCACGCUGCCAAACAAGGAUGACUGGGACAUCUACAGCUUCCACUUCAACUCCACAGUGACCAGUCGUUAUGCCACCACUGUCAUCACAAGCCGUGUGGCCAAUCGUAUGAAUGAGUCAAAGGAAAUUGAAUUCCAUGUUCGGAUUCCCAAGAAUGCCUUCAUCAGUAAAUUUCGAAUGUUUAUUGAUGGCCAGGUUUAUGAUGGUGUUGUGAAAGCUAAGGAGCAAGCUCAGCAGCAGUACACUGAAGCUGUGUCCCGUGGUGAAAGUGCUGGACUUGUCAGUUCUGUAGGGAGGACACUGGAGGAAUUUAAGACCUCUGUAACUGUGGCUGCUCACAAAAAGGUCACUUUUGAACUCACAUAUGAGGAACUGAUGAAACGCACACAUGGCAAAUACGAGCUGCAAAUUCAUGCUCGACCCAUGCAGCCUGUCAGAGACUUCAAGGUGGAUGUGUACAUUCACGAAGAAGCCGGCAUCAGUUUCAUCGAUGUGAAAGGAGGCCUGAGCACCAACGCCCUCGCUAAUGCCAUCACCAAAACACAUGCAGAUAAACAGGCGUGGGUGUAUUUCUAUCCAACAGUCGACCAACAGAAAAUGUGUGACAGCUGUGGAGAUCAGGGUAUGAAUGGAGAUUUGGUUAUUGUUUAUGACGUUAACAGGGAUAAUGGACUGGGACACAUCAAGAAAUCUGACGGGUACUUUGUUCAUCAUUUUGCACCAUCUGAUCUUCCACGGAUACCAAAAAAUGUCGUCUUUGUUAUUGAUCAAAGUGGCUCAAUGGAGGGCAGAAAAAUUGAGCAGACUAGGACCGCAUUAAUCCACAUUCUGAAUGAUCUGGCAGAAGAUGAUCACUUUGGUCUGAUCACUUUUGAUGACAGAAUUUCUUACUGGAAGCAAGAACUCGUUCAGGCCAACAGCAAAAACCUGGAAAGUGCCAAAAACUUUGCACGCAAUAUUCAACACAGAGGAUCCACAGACAUAAAUAAAGCAGUGCUGCAAGGAGCACGUAUGCUGAAUGCACAUAACAGAGAAGGUUCAGCAUCUAUCCUUAUACUUCUCACAGAUGGAGACCCAACCUCAGGGGUGACAAAUCUGGAGAAAAUCCAGUCAAAUGUAAGACAGGCUAUUGCAGGCAAAUUCCCACUGUACUGUCUCGGUUUCGGUUUUGAUGUUAAUUUCAAUUUCCUUGAGAAAAUGUCGCUGCAAAAUAACGGUGUGGCACGACGGAUUUAUGAAGACUCUGAUGCUGAUUUACAGCUGAAGGGUUUCUAUGAAGAGGUGGCCACACCUCUACUGACAGAUGUGACAAUGAUCUAUGUGGGUGGGACCAAUCUAACCCAGACUAACUUCAGUCAGUAUUAUAAUGGUUCUGAGAUUGUGGUGACCGGACAGAUCACAGAUAAUAAUAUUGAAACCUUCACCCCUCAAGUUGUGGCCAUUUCGAGUAAUAGAAGAAUAAUAUUCUCUAAUCCAAAUGAAACCGUGGAAUCCACUCAAACAGUGUCUGAUGACCGUAUCCAGAGGGUUUGGGCGUACCUCACAGUUAAACAGCUUCUGGACAAAGAGCUUCAAUUAUCUGGACCUGAGAAAGAGAAAGUGAAGAAGGAAGCUAUGGAGUUGUCACUGAAGUACAGUUUUGUGACCCCUCUCACAUCUAUGGUGGUCACAAAGCCUCCAGGAGAAAACACAGAUGUGCUUCAUAAACCAAAGGAAGCUGCUGAUUUACAUCAUGGGUUUAGUUCCUACGAUGACGUGCUCUAUGAAGAUGCAGUGAUUGUGCGCGACACUGAAAUUCACAUUGCAUCUGAUGACAUUCUCCUGGUCAUCUCACAACAUGAGAAAAAUGGCCAAAGACUCCUUUGGCCUGUUUUAAGACAGCAACCCUCAACCAACGACAUCGAAGGACUUUUAGCUGUAAAGCCUGCAGUGUAUGAGGUGGUGCAGCAAGUUCCUGUCACAAAACUAAAGAUUAAAAACCAAGAGAUAGAUGUUACAAGUGACAACGCUACUGACUACAGCGUCGACCCUCCUGUCACAAAGAACUGCUGGCUUAUGUCUGCUGAUUCUGCCCUGCAGAGGCCACUGGCAAGUUUUUUCGUGGCACAACUUUAA